ACUCAGCAGCUUGUAGCUGUGCCACAGGAGGUCCUCGGGCCUCUAUAUCAACCUUGAACUACUUUUCAAGUUUAGGUCGUCCUUUUCAACUGGUCCGACAUCGCUGGACUCGUUCAAAACUCAUCUCACUAGCACCACCAUCUCAAUAUGGCACCGGCCGUGCCCAAGAAAGCCCAAAAACUUGGGCGUGCUCUUAAAUCCGCAGCCCGUUUCCCGGGCCGUGGUAGCGGUCGAAACCACUACUCUCCCUCUCCAGGCGAGCAACCAGUCGUCUUCCUUCGCGUUCAAGUCAUCGGCUGUCGUAGCCUCGCCAGGGCUCGAAAUGGCGCACAGGCAAAGGAGGGCGACCUCAAUCCCUUGGUCGUCGUUUCCCUCCUCAAUAAUCGACACCACACUCCUGUCCUCAAACGCACUCCUAACCCGGUCUAUGCAGCUAAAGACGCAACCUUCGACUUUCCUAUUUAUCUCUCUCUUGCUGAUAGGCUAGGGUCCGUUGAACUAGUCGUCUGGGAUAAGGAUACCCUGAAGCUGAAGAAGGAAUACGUUGGCGAAGUCGCGCUCACUCUCGACUCUUGGUUUCGGGAUGUCGACGGCGACCUGCUUGUCAAUGACCUAUGUUUCUCAGCUGAAACUAAUCAGUCACGCUCUGUGAACCUCGUAUCGACACGUGCAAACACGCACGCAUCUGGAAUGGCAAUAGUCAAACUCGGUUUCGUUGCACCCCCUGGUGCACAAUCCCCAAUGGCUUUUGAGCGAGUCUUUGCUGAACUCGUAAAGCGAUCCCGCCCGAGUCUCGUUUCUGCCCCUCCUACAGAAGGCAUCGGCACCCUGCGAUCUCAUUUGACAGGCCCAGCAUACGAAGACGAUGGUGGAAUUAGUUCUGACGAGGAAGACCAUGACGACGACGUUGCAGAGGAAGGAGAAGAAGAGGAGGACGAAGAUCCCCUCCUCCACCUCUCCCGUCUUUACCUCUCCCCAUCUCUCUUACAAGAUCAGACUCACGAGAACGGAGAACCCGAGAUAGCACGUCCCACAGUAGCACUCCCGCGUCUUCAUCUUCCUUCCCCAACACUCUCCCACGUUGAACCCGAGGAACAGGAGCCUGAGACUGCACAUCUUAUACCUCCUAUUCCGACCGCUACACCUACCACAACUCCGCCUAUGCGCAGCACCAUGUCUGCAUCGAAAAGCAGACUCCCAAAACUCUUCCCCCGCCGGCCCAAUCUACUCACUUCACCAUCCUACGACACGAAUACUCCCCACACGGACCGCCUGCAUCGACGGUCAGUGAGUGCGGGUGCUAUUGUUCCCCCUCCUUCUCCCGUAUCACCAGGCCCUUCUAGUGCCGUCUAUCAGACACAGAAAAAGAGGUUCCGAACAUCUUGGUCAAGCAAAAAGGUAGAUUACAACUUUUCAACUGCGAACUCGAACGAUAUAGUCGGGAUCGUGAUGCUCGAGAUACAAGGCGCGGCUGACUUGCCUAAGCUGAAGAACAUGACCCGCACCGGCUUUGACAUGGACCCCUUCGUAGUGAUCUCUUUCUCCAAAAAGAUCUUUCGCACGCGUGUAAUCCGACACUCCCUCAACCCCACCUGGGACGAAAAACUCCUUUUCCACGUCCGUCGAUACGAGACGUCCUUCAAGGUCCAAAUGACGGUCCUCGACUGGGAUAAACUAUCGAGUAACGACCACGUGGGUGAUGCAUGGUUAGACGUCGGUGAAUUGGUAAGAGACGCGCCACAGCCUGAUCCACGGACGGGGCUUUAUGCAGAUGUAUGUGGGGAGAACGAUGCGGAAGGAAGUGGAGAAGGAAGGGAGAUGAAGCAGUUUUGUUUGCCCUUGACGACAGCGAAGGAGAUGCCUUGGGAGGCGAAGCAUAAUCCUACUAUUUCCUUUCGGGCAAAGUUCCAGCCCUAUGCCGAGCUUCGUCAGCGGUUUUGGGCACAGUAUCUGAAGCAGUACGAUACGGAUGAUACCGGUUCCAUAUCGCACGUGGAGCUCACAUCCAUGCUCGAUUCUCUCGGCUCGACACUAUCUGCGCAGACUAUCGACUCAUUCUUCACUCGCCACCGCAAACGACCAGUAGAAGACGAACUAACGAUUGAAGAAUCGAUCCAGUGUCUAGAAACAGAGCUCGUACGUCCAACAUGCGAAAAGAAGAGGAUCAAUACAAUAGACACCUUCACGGACAGAGAUAGCAGUGCAUCUGCAUCAGAAUCUAUCACACCUGGAGAAGAACUUGGAUUACACCUAGCGUUUGGACGGCCGUUCUUGGGCAGCCUGGAUUUCUCAGGUCCGCCCUUGGGCGCAAUAUUGGGGGAAGAGUCGCCUACGGAUUUGGGAAGGUCAUUGUUUGCGACGGAGUCGAGUGAUAGGCCGUUGUUGAGCGUUUGUGUCCCAGAGUCUUCGUCUGCGGCAUCGACGCCUGAUGGAUCUAGAUCCAAUAACGCGACGCAGGACUCUGCUUCGUCGUCUGACCCUGACGAUGCGACUUCAGCCCAAGCGUCCUCCUCAGACACCUUUGAGCGGGUUAUUAAUAUCAAGAAUUGCCCGUUGUGCCAUCGACCCAGGCUGAACUCGAAAGCGGAGAUGGAUAUCAUCACUCAUCUGGCUAUAUGCGCGAGUCAGGAUUGGGCCAAGGUUGAUAGAAUUGUGGUGGGGAACUUCGUGACUGCGAGUCAGGCGCAGAGGAAAUGGUAUACGAAGGUUAUUUCGAAAGUGUCGAAUGGGAAUUAUAGGAUUGGAGCUAACUCGGCGAACAUCAUCGUGCAGAAUAGGAUGACGGGGCAGUUGCAGGAGGAGAAAAUGCAGGUGUAUGUUCGGCUUGGAAUUCGGCUAUUAUAUAAGGGUGCCAGAGGGAGGAUGGAGGGCGCACGAGCUCGUCGCCUUCUUAAGUCGUUAUCCAUCAAACAAGGUGCCAAAUACGACUCACCAGAAUCAACUCGCUAUAUCCCGAGUUUCAUCGAGUUCCAUGGACUUAAAGUCGAUGAGAUCUUGGAGCCGAUCAGUUAUUUCAAAACCUUCAACGAUUUCUUCUAUCGUAAACUCAAGCCCUCCGCCAGACCCACCGAAAGCCCAGACGACCCCCGCCGCCUCGUCAGUGCCGCCGACUGCCGUCUCAUGGUCUUUGAAACCGUCUCCGAAGCUACAAAGCUCUGGAUCAAGGGCCGCGAGUUCAGCACUGCGAGAUUACUGGGCGAUGUGUAUCGUGAUGAGGCGGAGAGAUACGUAGGCGGGCCUCUGGCGAUUUUCAGACUCGCACCACAGGAUUAUCAUCGGUUCCAUGUUCCUGUGGAUGGGAGGAUUGGGGAGAUUAGGGAUGUGAAGGGGGAGUAUUAUACUGUGAACCCUCAAGCGAUUCGGAGCGCGUUAGAUGUAUAUGGAGAAAACGUGAGGAAGAUCGUACCUAUUGAUAGUCCGCAAUUUGGACGGGUUAUGGUGGUUUGCGUUGGUGCGAUGAUGGUGGGGAGUAUCAAGAUAACUGUUGAAGAGGGACAAGAUGUCAAGCGUGGUCAAGAGCUUGGAUAUUUUGCUUUUGGGGGCUCGACGAUCGUCGUUUUAUUCGAACGGGGAACAGUGGAAUGGGAUGAAGAUCUAGUGAUUAAUGGGAGAGCUUGUUUGGAGACGUUGGUCAGAGUGGGGAUGGGGAUUGGAACUUGUAAGCGGCAUGGUCCAAGUCACCACAAUGGUAGGGUAUGACCUUGGAUUUUUUUUUGCGUGCAUCGUAUGGAUAUGACAGACGACAAGAUCGAUACUAAUAUACAUAUAUCAUGAUCACUAACUUACAGUUCGUUAUCGUAUUGAGGGUUCAAUUGAUGUGCAUCUUGAUUUUGUGUGGAGCAAUUGCGACUAGUGGUUCCUUCUGAUAUUUAUAGAGCGC